AUGUCUGCCAACCUGGACAAGUCUCUUGACGAUCUCGUCGGCAGCCGCCGCCAGAGCGUUCGCAACACGCGCCGCCGCGCUGGUGGCCGUCGUCCCGCCACCAAGCCUGCUGUUGGAGGCGUGAAGAAGUCUACUAAGGCUGCCCCUAAGCCUGCUCACCCCGCACCUACUGUUCAAGCUUCCAGCAAGAUCAUCGUUAGUGGAAUGCCUUCCGAUGUUUCCGAGGCCAAUAUCAAGGAAUACUUCACCAAGUCCGCCGGCCCCGUCAAGCGGGUCAUGCUUACCUACAACCAGAACGGCAGCAGCCGUGGUAUUGCUACCAUCAUCUUCGCCAAGGCAGACACCGCUACCAAGGCUGCUAAGGAACUCAAUGGCCUUCUAGUUGAUGGUCGUCCCAUGAAGAUCGAGGUCGUUUUCGAUGCCUCUCACGCCCCUACCGCUCCUGCUGCGAAGCCACUGACGGAGCGCAUUGCUCACACUCAAAAGCCCCGCCCUAAGUCCGCCGCUGCCACCAAGACCAAGAACAACCAGAACACCAAGCAGGCCAACGAGGCUAACUCCGAGGCGGCCAAGGGAAAGGGCGCUGGCCGCCGUCGCGGUCGCAACGCUGGUCGUGGAAAGCCCAAGACCGUUGAGGAGCUCGACGCUGACAUGAUGGAUUACUUCGCUACCGAUGCUCCUCCCGCCGAGAAUGCCGCCCCCGCGGCCGCCGCGGCUCCCCAGGCCAACGGCGGAGAUCUGGCCAUGAACGAUGAGAUCUCGUAA